CUCCGGCUAUUGAUUGGCUGCGGCAGGGGCGGCUCGGCCGGCAGCGGUUACCCAGGGUUUCCGGUGCGAGGCCAGAGCGGGCGAAGCUGUCGGGAGGUCGGCAGUGAGGAUCUGUUCCCAGCCUAGCAUUGCAAACCACAAUGAAGAACCAAGACAAAAAGAAUGGGGCUGCUAAGCAGUCGGGCAACACUUCCAACCCCAAAACCAACCCGGGGCAAGCGGAAGCAGGACCAGAGGGAACCCAGGGGCGGCCCAGCCAGCCGGCUCCUGCGACAGAAGCCGAAGGUUCCUCCAGCCAGGCUCCGGGGAAGACUGAGGGAGCACAAGCCAAAACUGCUCAGUCUGGGGCCCUCCGUGAUGUCUCUGAGGAGCUGAGCCGCCAGUUGGAAGACAUCCUGAGUACAUACUGUGUGGACAACAAUCAGGGGGGACCAGGUGAGGAUGGGGCACAGGGUGAGCCUGCUGAACCCGAAGAUGCAGACAAGUCCCGGACCUAUGCUUCGCGGAAUGGGGAGCCUGAGCCAGAGACCCCGGUAGUCAAUGGUGAGAAGGAGACCUCCAAGGGGGAGCCAGGUACAGAUGAGAUCCGGGCAAGUGACGAGGUCGGAGACCGAGAUCACCGAAGGCCGCAGGAGAAGAAGAAAGCCAAGGGUCUGGGGAAGGAGAUCACGUUGCUGAUGCAGACACUGAACACGCUGAGCACCCCAGAGGAGAAGCUCGCAGCUCUGUGCAAGAAGUAUGCCGAACUGGUCAGUUCUCCCCCCUUCUCCUUGCACCUGCCCUGCCUCGGAAAGUCAGCAGGCCACCUGGCAUGGGGAUCUUAUCUCGGCUUCUUUCUCACCCAGCUGGCCCUAUACACAGAGAAGUUUGAGGAAUUCCAGAACACUCUUUCCAAAAGCAGUGAGGUGUUCACCACAUUCAAACAGGAGAUGGAGAAGAUGACUAAGAAGAUCAAGAAGCUGGAGAAAGAAACCACCAUGUACCGGUCCCGGUGGGAAAGCAGCAACAAGGCCUUGCUUGAGAUGGCUGAGGAGAAAACACUCCGGGACAAAGAGCUGGAGGGCCUACAGGUGAAAAUCCAGCGGCUGGAGAAGCUGUGCCGGGCGCUGCAGACAGAGCGCAACGACCUGAACAAAAGGGUACAGGACCUGAGUGCUGGUGGCCAGGGCUCCCUCCCUGACGGCGGCCCUGAGCGAAGACCGGAGGCUGCAACUGCCUCCAGGGAUCAGGGUUGUGAGGGUCCUGGAGCCCAAUCACCGAGCUCCCCGAGGGUCACAGAAGCUCCUUGCUGCCCUGGAGCAGCGAGCACAGAAACACCCGGCCAAGCGGGGCCCCAGGAGUCCACCUCCACCACCGCCUAGGGAACCUGGCACGGGGGGCGUGCUGGGAAGGGAGCAAGCAGCCCAGCCAGGCCUGGCCCAGGCAAGGCUCCCACCGCUAAGCAGUCCAGUGCUGAGGCCCAGGGUGCUCCGACCUGGCUGGCAUCUGACACUUGGCAGUUUUGGAUUUCGUGGGUCAGUUUUACAUACAUACGGCAUAUGUGCAAGGCCUCCUACCUUUCUGUCUCUUAAGUGGAACAUGGGCUUGCACUGGAGGUGGGGGUGUGUACAGGUGAAGUCACUGGCUCUUCUGUGAGCUGAAGAGUCUGAAAGAGGAGCUGCCAUCUGUAGCUGCUGUCACAGUGAGCUGGCAGGACAAGUGACUUGAGCAUUCCCCUGCCUGACUUGAGGCUCAGAUCCCCCCCUUCCUGCCCAUGAGGACUUGUGACAAGUGAUACACUCAGGCCUUGACUGCAUUUCCCUCGUUAGCAGGGCUUGGGCAGCCCUGGCUCACCUAGCUCCCCUGGAAGCUCCUUUGCUUCUCUUAACCUGGAGAAAGGGGUCCCCGGGCGGGGCCUGCAGAGCUGGGGAUCCAACUGCUGUCCUGCUUUGGACGGGGGACCUGGAGAAAGUUGCUGUGGGCUGGUACACGGUUAGGGAGCCCUCAGGUGGUGCCAGGACCAGGCCAGCGAUGCUUCUCAGUAGCCUUAUCAUUCACAGGUGCCUCUCUAGCCUGCACAAAUGAUUGACAAGAGAUCACCCAAAGGAUGCUUUCUGAAGGUUUCUGUUUUUUGUUUUUGUUUUGCACAUGACAGUGUGUGUAUUGAUCUGAGGAAGGAGGAGGGGCAUUGGCGCAGUUGGCCUCCAGUGCCCCCCACCCUCAACACCCCACCUGGUAUCUUUGCCACGUUGGUGCUGAGCUUUCCUGUUCGGUGAAAUCAGAUUGCAGUUAGGAGGAAGAGAAGGGCAUCUGAUGGUUUUGCCACAAGCUUGCCUAUGUGUUUCGGUCCUGGGAGGCCACUGCUGAUGCUCAUCACCACUGUCUCCAUGUGGCAGUUGCUGGGCCCCGUGCCCAACUGUCCCCUUGGCUUUUAGGAGUCUGUUUCUGCUUCUCACCCCACCGUUAAUGUGCAAUCCUUGAGAUUUGCCCUGGUCCCAUUGCCUAAAGAAUAAGCUUUGGACAUAAUUAUGUCCUUGAUGUCUCAGUUCCUGUGUGGAAGCCCCCAGCUCUUGUCUGGCAGCUGAGGGACAGAAUGAGACUUGACAGUUGAUGAGCUUCAGAAAUCUGCAGGACGGCUGCAGAUACUCGGGUCUGGUGCCCCCACACCCCCCAGUACUUGCUGCUCUGGACUGAAAAUUUUGCCGGUUGUAUAUUCAUCAGUCUGUACAGAGCAAUUUUCUGGAACAACAGAAUGAGGCACGGGUUGGGAAGCUGGGCUCUGGUGGGCGUGAGGUCCUACACCCUGCCUCUGGCUGGGCCUCGGCUUCAGUGUAGCUGGGGGAGCCGUGGACCAAGAGGCACAGGAUGGUGGAGCUUUUGUUUCUUGCUGGAUUUCCUUGAAGCUAGUUCAUUAUCCUGCAGGUCCCCCCCCCCGCCCGGCCCUUUGUCAGGCUGAGACACACAACCGCGUACAGGGUGUGCUGGGCUCUGGAAGCGCAAGGAAGAGGCAAGCUGCUGCCUGGCCGGUUUCAAGAGCAGGAGGCAUGCGGUAGCCUACACGAUUGCCUUGCUUGCUUCAGCCACCUCGUGGAGCCCACGGGGCUGAGGGGGACCACGACUGUGCAGCGCAGCCGGCCCCAGAGAGCCAGUCUAGCUGCUGUGGGGCUGCGGCGAGCAGGGCGGUCCCAGCCGUGUCUAGGCGUCCGGGCCAGGCUACAGAUGAGGCCCCCAUUGUCCCUCUCCCUCUCCUCCCCGUUGGCCAGACCACGCUGAGCACUACAGCGGCUCUGCUUGUUCUGCUUUCCGGCCCCGAGCCUGGGCCGGGUGCGGGGGAAGGUGGCCUGUACGGAUGAAGGCUGGUGCCAUCCUCCCCAGGGCAGGGCCCAAGCACAUGACCUCAGUUUUGGGACCAAGAGCUGUGUUGGAUUCUUAGGUUGCUAGCGUUUCAGGGGACCACUGCCGGUGAGGCUCACCGCCCCGAGCCCUUGGCCCUGCUGACGUAACGUGUGCUCCGGACCUUGCCGGCCUGAGAGCCUCGCGUGCACCAGGUUCCCGGGAGGUAUCAGCAGCACUCGUUUUCUUUUGUUUUCCAUGAGGUUUUUGGACCAUGGGUUGAGCUCAGGCACUUUCUGUGAGAGGAUGUUCUGUCUGUAAAGAUGGUUAUCUCCGCUCCCAUCACAGUGGCCCUGCUGAGGGCCAAUCGAGAGGCCCUGGUGGCUUGGCGGGGGGGGGGGGCGCGCGGCAAAGCCUACUGAGCUGAUUCUCCAGCUGCUGCCCGGGCCUCCCACCUGAACAGCACAGAGGUGGCCGCCCCAGGGACAGCCGGGCACCUGCCUGGGGGAGGGGUGCUGCCUUCUGUCCCUGUAACUGCUUCCCAUAUGGCCCGACCUGGCCACCCAGAUUUGUUUUAAAGCUGUGCUGACAGCCUUUUUUUUUUGUCUCCUUUUGGUAUUCACAACAGCCAGGGACUUGAUUUUGAUGUAUUUUAAACCACGUUAAAUAAAGAGUCUGUUGCCUUA